UGCUAAUUGCCGAGGUCAGGGGGAGGAAGCUGCGCCGGGCGCUGCCCGCGGGCUGGACCGACGGACCGGCCAGAGCUGCGCACGCCCGGAGCCCUCCGCGCUGGCCUGACACCACUACCGAACCAUGCCCGAAAUGCCCGAGGACAUGGAACAGGAGGAAGUGAACAUCCCCAGUCGGCGAGUUCUGGUUACUGGGGCCACUGGCCUUCUUGGCAGAGCUGUUUAUAAGGAGUUUCAGCAGAACAAUUGGCAUGCCAUUGGCUGUGGCUUUCGGAGAGCAAGGCCAAGGUUUGAGCAAGUCAACCUGUUGGAUGCUGAGGCCGUACAUCACGUCAUUCAUGACUUCCAGCCUCACAUCAUAGUACAUUGUGCAGCAGAGAGAAGACCAGACGUGGUCGAGAGUCAGCCAGAGGCUGCUUCUCAGCUCAAUGUGGAUGCGUCUGGGAAUUUAGCAAAGGAAGCAGCUGCAGUUGGAGCAUUUCUCAUUUACAUUAGCUCAGACUACGUAUUUGAUGGAACAAACCCACCUUAUACUGAAGAGGACAUACCGAGUCCCCUCAACUUGUAUGGCCAAACAAAACUGGAUGGGGAGAAGGCGGUCCUGGCAAAUAACUUAGGAGCUGCUGUUCUGAGAAUCCCCAUUCUGUAUGGGGAGGUGGAGAAGCUUGAAGAAAGUGCUGUGACCGUCAUGUUUGAUAAAGUCCAGUUCAGCAACAAGUCUGCAAACAUGGACCAUUGGCAGCAACGGUUUCCCACACACGUCAGAGAUGUCGCCAGUGUGUGCCGGCAGCUGGCUGAAAAGCGGAUGCUGGACCCGUCGAUCAGGGGCACCUUCCACUGGUCUGGCAACGAACAGAUGACCAAGUACGAAAUGGCGUGCGCCAUCGCAGAUGCCUUCAACCUGCCCAGCAGUCACUUACGACCCAUUACUGACAGCCCUGUCAUAGGAGCACAGCGCCCCCAGAAUGCUCAGCUUGACUGCUCCAAAUUGGAGAACUUGGGCAUUGGCCAGCGAACACCAUUUCGGAUUGGAAUCAAAGAGUCCCUCUGGCCUUUCCUCAUCGACAAGAGAUGGAGACAGACCGUCUUCCAUUAGCUUAUGUGUUGUGUAUUUUUUUAAAUGAAAAGCAUAGUAUGUGGCACUUUUUCAAGAAUAAAGGAAAUAGUUUUGUAUGCGCAUCUAAUUGUGACCCCUCUGGUCUUCAGGGACAUGACGCUCUUGCACUAGUGAGACUGCCCACACCGGGCAGGAUACCCUCGUGUGUGGCAGUGAGUGAUGUAAUUAUGCUCCUUAAUGUCUGAGAGGGAGGAACAGGCCUGCUGUUUAUGUAUUUUGAAUGAAAUGCAUUGUUAAUUUCUGUAGCUUCAGAUUUUUAGGUGUUUUUUUUUUUUUUUUUUUUUUUUUUGCAGCUAUUAGGUUUUCUAUAUUGAUUGUUUUAAAGUGUGUAGAAUUCUGUGAAAAUCACUGGUGAUCAUUAUUUGCUUUGCUUGAGCCCAGAUCAAAACUAUCUGAAGAAAGAAACUUUAUUUUUGCAACUUAAGUACAGUGUUUAUGCUUGAGAUGCGUGGUGUGUUGUGCACAUGGGAGCUCCUCCCACAGCGCCCUGCCGCCCGUCACAGUGGCGUAGGCAGAUACUUGAGUGUGUGUAUGUACAUUUUUUAAAAUAUAAAUCCAUAACUGUCCCUUUCUCUCCAUGUCACAAAAUAAUAUUUCUACGUGUGGUUAUGAUAAUGAGCCUUGUAACUCUUGACCAGUCACGAGUCAUAAUAAACAUGUACACUGGCAUGGAACACA